UGGUAGGACUGGGACAUUUGAGUGACUUUAUCAUUCCAAGUAUUUCAAAUGUAUUUCUUGAUUUGACAAUGUUUCAGAUAAUAUUUUUAUUUUACAUUUGAAAAAUCUAUAUAUGUAGGUAGAAUUUCUCCAGCCUGUAGGAAAAUAAUAAUAAGGCUGUAUUAUAGUAAUAAUUCAGAGUUUAUUAGCAUUGACUGUACUUACGUGCAUAUUCAAGCUCCGCUAAAAGUCACAAUCAGUCAUUUUCAACUGAUACCCAGCAGGGCUAGUUUUUCCUUAAUGAUUAUCUUCACAUUUGGUUUUGGCAUUUUGGCCCUUUUCUUUUAUGUACGUUUUAGGAUUUGCUUGAUAAACUGUCGUUGGCAUCAAGACAGAGAAAUAGAUCAAUGGAACAGAACAGAGUCCAGAAAUAGAUCCAUCAACAUAUGGACAACUGAUUUUUUACAAAGGCGCAAAAGCAAGUCAGUGGAGAAAUGAUAGUCUUUUCAACAUAUGUUGCCAGAAAAAUUCAGUAUCUAUGUGCCAAAAAAUAAAUGGUAAACCAUACCUCACACCAUAUACAAUAUAGAUCAUAACAGAGCAUACAGAUCAAAAUCAUAAACCUAAGUGUAAAACCCCAAACUAUAAAAUUUUCAGAGGAAACCAUAAGAGAAAAUCUUUUGAUCUUGUGUUAAGAAGGGAUGUUUUAGAAAUGAUACCAAAAGUGCAAUCCAUAAAAGAACAAAUUGAUAAACUGGACUUCAUCAAGUAUAUACAUAUGCCAGCAUUUAUCAAAUUGUGUACUUUAAAUAUAUACAUUUUGUUGUAUGGCAGUUAUCCCUCAAUACAUCUGCUUAAAAAAAAGGAAAAUGUAUUCUGUCGUCUAAGAAUUUCAGAACUGUUGUAUAACCUCUGAAGAUAUCCUUUCUCAGUAGUAGUUAGUGACCAUUUCAAUUAAGAAGUUCUUACGUGUAUUUCACGUACAUCUCUUUAGUUAUACUGUAAACAUUUUCUGUAUUUUCCUUUUUCUAUUGUGGUAAAAUUAUAAAUAACACAACAUCUGCCAAUUUAACACUGUUCACACAUACAAUUCAGUGACACUAAUUAAAAAGAUAUUAGCAACUAACUCACCUUGCUCGACUCAUAGCAACACUAUAGCACAGAGGAGAACUACCCCAUAGGGUUUCCAAGGAGCAGCUGGUGGAUUUGAACUGCUGACCUCUUGGUUAGCAGCCAAGCUCUUUACCACUGUGCCACCAGGGUUCCAAUUAAGAAGAUAUUAAGAACUAACUCAGCUUGCUUUAUAUUUGAAUGUAGAAUUCAUUUAUGGUGGUGUUAAGUGGUAUGUGUCGGAUUUCUUAUAGACUGAUCCCAAAGUCACGAGAUGGAGAGUAAAUACAAGGAAAUCUUUUUGUUAAUUGGACUGGAUAACAUCACUGAUGGUGAGUUCCAUAGGUUUAAGUUCUUUCUUCCAGAUGAGUUGAAGAUGUCCACAGGCAAGCUAGAAAAGGCAAAUAGGGCUGAGGUAGCUAACUUGGAUUCAAAAGGCUGGCAUAGUCUCUGCUGUGAUGAAGAUUAUAUCUUGAAGUUGAAUUAUAUGCAUGUGGCGAAAAGUCUGCAGGAAGAGAAGGAAAAAGGUAACAUGGAAAUAUUCUCUCCUUUCAGUCACUUUGCUAUCUAA